AUGCAGAUCCGUGAUAUUCCUCUUGUGCUUACUUCUGAGCUAUGCUCGGGACGAGUCUACAUUGUGGUGGGCGCCAACGUCGGCCUAGGCUACGAAGCCGCUAAGCACCUUGUCUCUCUCGGCUCAGCCAGGGUCAUCAUGGCCUGUCGCAAUGUGACCGCUGGUCAGUCCGCUCUGGCGACCAUCGAAGCCGAGACCGGCAAAGCUGGCAUCGCCGAGGUGUGGGAGCUGGACCUGUCUUCCUACGCCUCUGUCAAGGCCUUUUCAAGCCGGGCCGUCUCUUCACUGUCACGUAUUGACGCAGUGAUCGAGAACGCUGCCGUGGCGUCGACUUCAGAUAUGCGGGCUGAGGGACAUCCACUCCCCGUGACUGUGAAUGUGACAGGCACCUUCCUCCUCGCCGUGCUGCUGCUCCCGAAGCUGAAGGUGGACGCGGCGCGACUCGAAAUUCAGCCGCACAUUGCCAUCGUCACCAGCGGCGUUGGGUUCGAGGCUAAGGAGCAGUGGUUGAAGGUUGCGGAUGAUCCGAUUGCCAAACUGGACAAGCUUGAGAUUCAAUCGGAGUUCUUAUACGGCACAUCCAAACUGUUUGAAAUCCUUGCAGUCCGACAUCUCGCACCUUUGAUCCCCGUCUCCAAGACCGGCGUCGUCAUCAACCUGAUUAAUCCAGGCUUGUGCAAGACAGAACUGGCCCGGAAUGCAACACCGGAAUUCCGCGACAGGCUCUCGCAGAUGCACGCCCAGUAUGGGCGCACUGCUGAGCAAGGAAGCCGUACGCUGCUGCACGGUGCCAUCGCCGGUGAAGCGAGUCAUGGAUGCUAUCUCGAUGCCUGUGAGAUUAACGAGUAUGUCCUCACCUCACUCUUUUUUGGCCUCAAGGUGCCUGACUGGGUGGACGACGAGGAAGGGAGGAAGAUGCAGAAGUGGGCUUGGGAGGCUGUUGCUCAUGAGCUGGAGGCUGUUGAGCCUGGAUGUGUGGCUAGGAUCUUGGAGUAA